AUGGUUGUUGGUUUUACAAAAGGAGAUCGUCUUCUGGAUAUCCCAUGCAAUGUUUGUGGUGAUAGGAGUUCCGGCAAACAUUACGGAAUAUAUAGCUGUGAUGGAUGUUCUGGCUUCUUCAAGAGAUCUAUACACCGAAACCGCGUAUACACUUGUAAGGCGGGCGGCGAGAUGAAAGGGCGUUGUCCAGUCGACAAGACUCACAGAAACCAAUGCCGUGCUUGCAGGCUCGCUAAAUGCUUCCAAGCGAAUAUGAACAAAGACGGUAAGUGA